AGGACAAAUACGCAUGAGGGAGUCAAGAUGCUGGUUGGUUUCCUUUUUCUGCUCCUUAUCUCUGAUGAGAUUAAUUCUGAGCAGAACUGCAGUUAUCAGGAUGUUUUGAACUAUUUAAACCUGUCAAGUAACAAUGAGCUGUACUCCAUGACCAGGCCCGUCAAAAACUAUAAAAAUCCCACACUAGUGUCACUGGAGGUUCUGCUCUAUGCCAUCCUAGAUGUGGUUGAAAAAGACCAGAAAUUUAUUCCUUAUGUGUGGACUGUCACAAGGUGGAACAAUGAAUAUAUUUCUUGGGAUCCCGAUCAGUUUUGUGGAAUUGAUAAUGUUUCUCUACCUAAUAACAUUUUAUGGAAACCAGAUCUUACGAUUGAAGAAAUGACAGAGAAAGACAAAGCCCCUCCCAGUCCUUACCUCACAAUCAACAACAAAGGAGACGUUGAAGUUCAGAACGACCAGGUGUUAGUGAGCACCUGCAGGAUGCAUAUAUACAGGUUUCCUUUUGACACUCAGAGCUGCAACCUCACCUUCAAGUCCAUUAUACACACGGCCAGAGAGAUCCGUCUGCAGCCGAGUGACAACUCUUCAGAGGCCACAGAGUGGUCUCGGGAAGUGAUGCGGACUCAGUACGAGUGGCUGUUCAUCAACAUGAUCGUCACUGCAAACAACGCUACCAUUUUAACUGAUCAAGAUGUCGUCAUUUACACUAUCACGAUGGAGAGGAGGUCUCUGCUGUACAUUGUCAACUUCCUGCUGCCGGUUCUCUUCUUCUUGUGUUUGGACUUGGCCUCCUUCAUGAUCUCAGACUACGGUGGAGAGAAGCUCAGCUUUAAAGUCACCGUGCUGCUGGCCAUUACAGUGUUGCAGCUCAUUCUCAAUGAAAUUCUGCCUUCCUCCUCUAACAGAGUCCCACUCAUAGCCGGUUACUGCAUCGGGAUUUUUGCUCUGAUGAUGCUCAGCCUCCUGGAGACGAUUUUUGUGAUGUAUCUGAGACAGAAAAGCUCCCAAGAUACAGAGAGAGACGGAUGCAUGAUCCAGGAAUCUAUCAAGUCCAACAAAGAAUCACACGACUGGAGUCCAGGUGGAUUUAUCUACAACAAGUCUUCUAGUGAAACCGGUGAGAUCCUGCCUGGUGCCAAAGCGGACAGAAGCAGCAAACUGCUGGGGGAGUCCUACACCCUGGAGAGGAUUUCCGAUGAGCUGAGGGCGAUGGAGAAGAUGUUAACUCUGCUCUUCAAGUCCAACAAAGACGAGGAGAGGAGCAGCUACUGGAACAGAGUGGCUACAAGAGUUGACAAAGCUUUCUUUUUUUUCUACAUCCUUGUGGUUAUCCUUUUCCUGGUUUUCAUUUUCUUAGAGUGGCAAAGUGAUUCCAUUGAUACUGCAUAAAACAUUUCAGGUUGACAUUUAUGUAGCCGUGAUCCAAGUCAGCAUUCAUCUGAAUAAUUUUGUUGUACUUAUUAUAACCUGAUUAAUAUAUCUGUUCCAUAUUAAAGCACAGUAGCAUAUAUGUAAAACUAUUCUUCAGAUGUUUUUCAGCUGAAAAAAACAUUUAAUUUAGUAGCGGAAAAGAACGAGGAAACGGUCUUGAUAAUUAUCAAAUGCUCACUUUUCCCUUUUAUGUCAUUAAUUCAUUUUGAAACUAUAGUUUGCUGAAAGUGCAGAAGCCAACACAGUAAGAUAACAUGUUGUGGAAUAAAGCUGUUAAAAUUAAUGAACACUGCAAGUUAAAAGACAAAUUUACUUUAUAGAGUUAUGCAAAAAUCAAAUACUUUCUGCUGCACAAUAGAUCCCAUUAGGAUCCAUCGUAACUUUAACUUUAUUAGAUUAUUAGCAUGAUUUAUGGGUGUUUUUUCAGUAAACUAAAGCAAUUCAGUCACAUCAGUAAUAUGUGCUUCUGAAAUAUUUAUC